AUGUCUUUAAAUAUAUUAUGGGUAUCCAUGGAAAUGCGUAAAUGCCUCGAACCGCAGCGUGAUAUAUGUACGCGCACACGUCCACUUUUCACAACCGCAACGCAUCGACAACAAAUUCCAACUAGCCGCUGUGAACGCAACGAAUAUGCACAAGUGCAGUCCAAUUGGACACCAAUGCCACCUCCCACCGUUCAAGGCAGCAGCAGAUCAAAUUCAAACAAUUGGGAAAAUAAUAAGAGACGUAACAAUGAACAGCGAAAAACCAUACCAAAGUUAGUCUAUUUGCAUAAUCCAUGGAAAUAUAUUUUAACAAGACUAAAUUUGUGGAAACUUCGUAUAUUUUGGGAUCACAAGUUCAAGGAACAGGAAUUCAUACGUGGGUCAAGACAGGCAGUCAUCGUUAUGACAGACAUCAUACGUAAUCAAAGUACAGGAAAACUAGGCCAAUUCACCACACCUGUUGGUUUUCAACAAAUAUCGCGAGACAUGUUGCUCUCCAGAAAUGACUCACGACUCAGAUUGGUCAAAUUCGAUACAGAACACAUAAGAAAGGCGAUACCAAUGAAAGUGGCGACACGGAAAAAUUUCGGACGGCGAUAUUGCUUCAUUGAUAUGCUGUUUGUCGGCCUGCGCAACACUAAGGACUUUGACUCACCAGAGGAGCUGGUCGAAAUCAAUGAAAUAUUGCGUAAACUUGACACAGAUAUGCGCACACCUAUGGAUGUUAUGGCAGUGCCACAUCGUAUUGUCUUCGCCGAGAUUUUUAUGCGCUUUCGCCGUGACUAUACACCUAACUCAGAUAAUGCAUCAAACAAUGUGAAGGACAGAGAGUGGUCUGUGUCAUUCUACAAAAUUCUUACAUUCGAUGUACUAAACUACGAUCCGAAGCCCUGAAUUGGAAGGUUACCAUCCAUGGAAUAAACUUUUCUUAACUUACAAUUCCAGAAGGAUAUAAACUGAGCU